GCUUAAAAAGACUCAAAAACAUAUUUCCCCCCAAUUAUUAUUAGGAUACUGAGUCAAGAUGUUAAUUUUAUUUUGUUCGGAAUGUAGGGAUACCGUUUUCUGUAUGUCUACCUAGCUAACAUGCCACCUCGGAGUGGAUCCAGUUCUUCAAGGAUGCUGGGAUCCCUGCUGGUCUGGCUGUCAACUAUGCCCUGUCUUUUGUGGACAACAGGAUCCAGAAGACCAUGCUGAUGGACCUCACUAAGGAGAUCAUGAUGGACCUGGGCAUCACUGUCAUCGGUGACAUUAUUGCCAUCCUCAAACACGCCAAACAGGUCUACCGACAGGACAUGUGCAAAAUGGCCACACAGGCCAUAACCUCAGGACAGUCCAGCGUUCAGACCGAACUCCGAAGAGCUGCCAACACCCCCGCCACACGUAUGAUUGCCAACGCCUUGAGCCACGACUCACCGCCAACCACACCAGCCCAUCACCCUGACAACCGGGCAAUCUCUGUGACCGUGUCGAACAAACAGGCCAAGAGUGGCAAAGCAGUGCUGAGCCGGCCUGCUGACGAGGGGAACGGUCUGCCGGCGAAGCGUCGCCGCGUGACUGCAGAGAUGGAAGGCAAGUACAUCAUCAACAUGCCCAAAGGCACCACGGCACGCACCGCCCGAAUCCUGGCCCAGCAGGCCAAGAAAGGGAACAAGCGGAUGUCUGUGUUUGAGCGACUGGGAGCCGAGUCCAAAGCAGAUACCACCACGGGCGGCAGCAAGGCCACGGGUGUGUUCAGUCGUCUGGGCCGAGCAGACGGAGCGGAGGAGGAGCCGGGAACAGCAGGAAGGGCUGAUGUAGACGGAGCAGAGGAGGAGGAGGAGGAGGAGGAGGAUGAUAGUGAUGGAGAGGGUUCGGUCCUACAGUACGCUGGCGUCCUAAAGCGACUCCCUCCCUCCCAGAAGAAAGAGCCUGUGGCCCCCAAGCUGGCCCCCACCACCCUCCGCCGCCUAGGAGUGAAGUUCAAACUCCCCCCUACUGACUCUCCCUCCUCCUCUUCCUCCCCCGAUGGCCUCCCCCCUGCCAAGCUCAGUGUGCUUCAGAGACUGGGUAAACCAAAUGCCUCCCCACCGCCCGCCGACACCCAGGACAGCCGCGUGACCAGCACCAGAAAUAAGGCCCGGCCAGGCCUGGCCCUGGCCAGCCCUAAAGUCAGCAGCAGCACCAGGGCUGGAGGAGGGGAGAGUUUUGGGGCUCAGAUGGACGUAGGGUCAGUCAAUGUCUUUAAGAGACUGGGCAGCAAGAGGACCUAACGCAUAUCAGGCCAUGUCUAGACCUAUACCUUUUCAUUAUUUUUAUUUAGCAUCCAUCCGGAAGGCUAGUUGUGACGUGUUGGUAACAUCACAUAGACAGCUAGCCUGGGUACCAAUCUGUUUGUGCUAACAUUCCCCUCCCUGUCAUGUUAUGUUUAUUAUAUGACACAGAGUACAAGGGGUGGAAUGUUAGCACAAAACAGGUCUGUAUUUUAGGCUUACGGAGAGCUGCUUCUAGGAGGAGUUGGCUCAGUGAUAAAAAGGGAUUGUGGGAAUGCAGGAUGUAAUGUUCACCGUAUCACCUCAGCACUCACCUCCACCGGGCUAUGACUACCGGGUACAGGAGAAGUACAGUCCACUUAAGACGUUCAUGCUGUAACUCUAGUCCUAGAAUGGACAACAGCAACAGGCAAACAACACAUAAAGCAACCUCUUAACCCACAAGCAAGAGCAUCUCAUCGGCCUCAUUUUUAUAUGAACUGUAUUUGUAGAAAAGUGUAGACUCAUAUUGCUGUGAAGGCUCCACCACCACAUUGAACCUCCGGUUGUGUACAACGAUCUGCUUGAAAGCCAAGAUAUUCAGAGUUGGCUGUUCACAGAAUAGGAAGUUACCCACCAUUGACCUGUAUGUAGAUGUUAUUGUGAGGUUUUUUUUCAGGGCUUAUUCAGUACAUUGCAGAUAGAAAUAUAACGUAUAGAGCUGACAUGAUGGUUUUAUUGACUAACAAAGAAUCAUGUUAGUUCUGCACCAUACAUUUCUAUCUAUACUGAACAAAAAUAUAUACGCAACAUGCAACAAUUUCAAUGAUUUUACUAAGUUAUAGUUCAUAUAAGGAAAUCAGUCAAUUUAUAUGAAUUCAUUAGUCCCUAAUCUAUGGAUUUCAGAUGACUGGGCAGGGGCGCAGCCAUGGGUGGGCCUGGGAGGGCAUAGGCCGACCCACUGGGGUGCCAGGCAUAGCCAAUCAGAAUUUGUUUUUCACCACAAAAGGGCUUUAUUACAGACAGAAAUUCUCCUCAGUUUCAUCAGCUGUCCGGGUGGCUGGUCUCAGACGAUCCAGCAGGUGAAAAUGCCAGAUAUAGAGGUCCUGGGCUGGCAUGAUUACACGAGGUUUGUAAGGCCAGUUGGACGUACUGCCAAAAUCUCUAAAACGACGGAGGUGGCUUAUGGUAGAUUAUCUGGCAACAGCUCUGGUGGACAUUCCUAUAGUCAGCGUGCCAAUCGCACACUCUCUAAAAACUUGAGACAUUUGUGGCAUUGUGUUGUGUGACAAAGCUGCACAUUUUAGUGGCCUUUUAUUGUCCCCAGCACAAGGUACACCUGUGUAAUGAUCAUGCUGUUUAAUCAGCUUCUUGAUAUGCCACACCUGUCAGGUGGAUGGAUGAUCUUGGCAAAGGAGAAAUGCUCACUAACAGGGAUGUAAACAAAUUUGUGCAGAACAUUUUAGAGAAAUAUUUUUGAGUAUGGAACAUUUCUGAAACAUGGGACCAACACAAGUUGUGUUUAUAUUUUUGCUCAGUAUACAUGUUGUGUAAUGUUGUGCUUUCCUGAAUAACACCCUGGUUUGCCAUUAUUCCGCAUGGUACAGGAACUGAUAUGUAAAUGUCCCCUUGAUAUUGAUACAAUAUUUAGCAGGUGUUCACCCAACUUUCUUAAAAAAAAUGUUUUUAUUGAACUUCACCAGAACUUUGCUACACUGUAUAUAGAUUUAGAAAAUCAUGACAAGAAAAAAACAACAUCCAAGGUUUUAAGAUGUUAUGGAACAAGGCACCAUGCCUUGAGAAAGUGAUCUUGAACAUAAACAAGAAAAUGGCGGAAAAAGUCUUGCCUGAUUUAUUUCCCCUCCUUCUUUGAGCCAGCUACUUCAAGAAGCCGUCCCAUCCUCCAGGAUCUCAGUCCAACAGUGUGCUCUUGUACUUUGACCAUGCUCUUUUAAUGAGAGACCCUGUCAUUGGAAUUGCAAGUGAGAGACCACAGUCAAUAUUUGGCUUCCCGGGGGAAUAGACGUUGAGCUGAUAAUUUAUCUAUUGAUGAGUUCAAUAAUAUGUUGUCUGAAGGAGUGGUGUAUGUUUGUCUGGGAGUGUUAUGUGUGUUAGGGGGGUGAGUCAGUGAGCUCUCCAUGUUGUCAGUAUUACCGCCCUGGGGAUGGGUGUCUUAGCCUCCAACCUCCCCCUCACACAGAAACAAGAGACAAAAUCAGGCAGGAGCACAGCUGGUACCACUAACCAGGCUUUGACAGUGACCGACCGAGAGAAGGGAUGGUGCGAGUGACAGUCUGUCCACUCUUCUCCCACUCAUUGUUUCAGACAGACAAUACAUGGAAGAGAGAGAAUUCUCAUAGACCUUCACUUCGUGUGCCGGUGUCUUUUUAGACUUCAGUGCACCUUUUGACAUUAUCGAUCAUAGUCUGCUGCUGGAAAUACGUAUGUGUAUUGGCUUUACACCCCCUGCUAUAAUGUGGAUAAAGAGUUACUUGUCUAACAGAACAUAGAGUGUUCUUUAAUGGAAGCCUUUAAAACAUAACCAGGUAGAAGCAGGAAUUCCCCAGCGUCGUUGUAUAGGCCCCUUGCUUUUUUCAAUCUUUACUAACAACAUGCCACUGGCUUUGAGUAAGGCCAGUGUGUCUACAGUGGCUUGCGAAAGUAAUCACCCCCUUGACAUUUUUCCUAUUUUGUUGCCUUACAACCUGGAAAUAAAAUAUAUUUUUUGGGG